AUGUCUCUCACAAAUGGUGUCCAACAAAAUGGUUUGCACCAGGAUGGAAGCUCCGCUUACAAGAUUGCCGAUAGCCCUCUAGGAACCAGGCGCCCACUUCGAGUAGUUUGCAUCGGGGCCGGUUUUUCAGGUCUCCUAAUGGCUAUAGUAUUUGAAGAGAAGAUGCGAAAUCAAAACAUCACAUUCCAAAUCUAUGAGUCAAACAAUGAUCUAGGUGGAACAUGGCUUGUGAACAGAUACCCCGGAUGUCAAUGCGAUAUUCCAGCCCAUAAUUAUGCGUAUUCAUUCGAAGCUAACCCGAAUUGGCCAAAUUACUACGCCUCCUCUGAGCAGAUUUUCGACUACUUGAAAGGUGUUGCAAACAAGUACAAUUGUGGCACGUAUAUCAAAUAUCAGAGCACAGUCAAGAGCGCGAAUUGGAAUGAAGCCUCUGGAAAAUGGGAGCUCAAGGUUCAUGACUUGGAAAGAGACACUGAGUUUACCGACUCGCCAGAUAUUCUGAUCAAUGCUGGGGGCUUAUUGAAUAAUUGGAAGUGGCCUGAGAUUGCUGGUAUUGAGACUUUCCAAGGGAAAUUAAUGCACUCUGCCCACUGGGACCAAGAAUAUGAUUUCAAUGAUAAGAAGGUAGCAGUGAUAGGCAUCGGAUCAUCAGCCAUUCAAAUUCUACCACAGCUGGCCACUAAAGCAAAAAAUGUCACGUCUUUCGUGCGAUCCAAGACGUGGAUAUCCCCGGAAGGAAUUGUCGAGCCGGAGAAAGGCGACCCAAAAAUGGACAAAAACCAAUAUUAUGAUGCGGAGGAGCUGAAGCGCUUCAAAGAAGACCCCAAAUACUUGCAGGAACAUCGUCGCAUUCUUGCGGACCGAAGAAUCAGGAACUUCAAGUCAUCUAUGGCAGGUUCAGAAGCACAGAGAAAUGCAGAUGCCUUCUAUAGAAAAACAAUGAUUGAACGGCUUGGGGACACGGAAAAAGGCAAGGAUAUUGCGAACUGGCUGCUUCCGGACUUCCCAGUUGGCUGUCGACGAGUAACGCCUGGACCUGGAUUUCUCGAGUCCCUCGUUCGGGACAAUGUGAACACACUGUGGGACAAUAUCCACAGCAUUACGGAGACUGGAAUUAAAACAAAAGACGGUAGAGAUAUCGAAUUCGACGUCAUUUGCUGUGCUACUGGUUUCGACACCACCUUCAGGCCACGAUUUCCUGUCGUCGGCUUGAAUGGUAUCGAGCUGGCUAAGAAGUGGGCUGAGAAUGAACCAGAAUGCUACUUUGGCACCACAAUUCCUGAUUUCCCCAAUUACUUUACUUUCAUUGGACCCAACUCUCCAAUCUCCAAUGGUUCCCUUGUCCAAGCCAUCCAAAUGACUGGUGUCUACAUUUCCCAGUGCAUCGAAAAGAUCCAAACCCAAGGAAUCAAGUCCUUUGCCGUGAAUGCCAAGGUGACCUCGGAAUACAACGAGCAUACCCAAGAAUACCUCAAGGGAACUGUGUGGACCGCACCCUGCAGCAGCUGGUAUAAGCGCGGGACCAAGGAUGGGCGCGUCGUAGCCAUCUACGCAGGAUCUACAUACCACUUCAUCGAAUCACUACGAAAACCCCGCUGGGAGGAUUACGAUAUUGAAUAUUUUAGUAAGAACCGCUUUGCUUUCCUUGGUAAUGGCUUUACACAGCGGGAGGCUAGAGACGAGACCGUGGCAGAUACACAGACGUUGGAUUUCGACGAAUAUUGGAAUCUCAUGGUACUACCCGAUAUAUACGGUUAG